UUGUUGCUAUCCCUGUGCAAGGUUUUUAAGUGGCUUAAAAACAUAUUUCUGGUGGGGGGAUAUAUUCAGUUCAUACAUGUUUAGAGCAAUACAUAUGAGUUCCUCUAUUUUAUCUUUCAACAAAUUACCAUCAUUUUUCAGAAAAGGUUUUUCCACUCCUCUGGCAUAUUUUCUUUUGAUUCUAAAGGUCUAGUUCAGCUACCAUGGCUUGCUUUAUAAUAAGUUAAAUUUUAGUAAUAUUUUUCUAUCAUCAGUGUUUGUGGCUAUCAAUGAACUGGUUAGGAUUCAAAUUAAUGAUUCACAAUUUUUUUGUUUGCCUAUUACAAUUUCACAUUGCCUCCAUUUAUUUAUAAUUAAAUUUUACCACUAUUUGCUUUAUUUCUAAUGUUCAAAUUUGAUCAUGUUGAUUCAAUGGCAUACACUCUGUAGCUCUUUUCCUUAUCUAUAUACACAUAUAUACAACAUUUACAUGUAAGUGUUUACACAUGUAAGCUUGGCUCUGAGCAUGAAAAUUCUAUUUUGAGUUUUGAUGAGUGGUAAUAUGUUUCAAUUAUGUUGAUUAUUUCAACUUUGUGUAAUUUAUUUAUAUUACCAAAACAGAUAUACUGAUUGCCUUUUUACUACUAGAUUCUUUUGGGAGAGGAAACGUAGAGUACACCUUUUUUCUUAAGUUCUACACAUAUUUUCUGUUUCUACCAUGAAGUCAUUUGAUUGUUCUGAAGAAAUAGUUGAAUUGUUGAACUGGUAUUAUUUUCUUUUAUUCUUUUACUGGUACUUUAGUGUGUGUGUGUGUGUGUGUGUGUGUGUGUGUGUGUGUGUUUAAGAUUUCUUAAUGUAGUAAAUUCACCUGCAGAAAUAAUUUUGAUCCAGUGCUUCUCAAAAAGUUAUUUUCAAAUUGGCUAAACAUGCUUACAUUUUUCAGAUAUACUAAUGUGAAAUAGUUUGUGAAUAUUUGGACUUUAUGAGACUGAUUUAUCUGGUAUUCCUAUUUGGUGUUUCCUUUUUGUUGUUGUUUGUUUUCAAUAUGCCUAUGAGUCAUGGAUUCCUUUUUUAUUUCCUUUGAAAACUCAUUUUGUAAUAUAUAUAAGUAUAUUCAAUCCUUAUAUUCAGAACCAACUUGUUAUUGAAACCCUGGUAGUUACCUAAUGACAUAUGUGUUAUCUGAAACACUGCAUAAGAAAGUCAAGUGAGGAAAGGAGACUUACUGAAGAUAUUUGAACACAGGAAUCAUCUCCAUACUCAAUUCAGCUCAGCACUCUCAUACCACUUAUAGAUGUUUGGCCCAGGUUAUUAACAUAUUCAUGUUCCCUUUCAAGUUUUCUUUUCUCAUUUAGUAAUUGACCUUAAUGUAUUUAGCUAUAAUUGAGUUUCUAAUAUUUUGGCAAAAAGAAUUUCAACUGUAGGAAAGGGAUAUCCUGCAACAGAUGCUUGACAUUCUUGAUGUCAAGAAAAAUUUUAGAGUGUUUCAAGCAUGUAGGGAUAAAAUUUAUGCCUGUGGAAUUCCAAACUGAGAAAACAGAUUUGGAGUGCCCUGGGUGGCCCAAUUGGAGCAUCUCACUCUUGGUUUCAGCUCAGGUUACGAUCUCAUGGUCCGUAGGAUCGAACCCCAUGACAGCAUGGAGACUUCUUGAGAUUCUCUCUCCUUCUCGCUCUCUGACCCUCCCCCACUCACAUGUGGGUGCUCUCUCUCUCUCUCUCUCUCAAAAAUAAAUAAAGUUUAAAAAGAAAACAGACUUGAGGCAUUUUACUUGAAUUGAAAGCAGACGAAUAAAAGGACAUGAGUUAUUUUGUAUAAAACAUAGUCUGAACAGUUAGGAGCUGGCAACCAAAAUCUUGGAGAACAAAAGGAAAGGUUACCUUUGAAACUUGAGAUUAAGAAGAUGGUUAUUUUGAUUCAGAGGUAGUGAUAAACUUCUAUUAAGGUACAACAUGUGGUCCAGUUAAAUAGAAGGAUAAAAAUAAAACACUCUCACGUUUUGCAUGUCAUUAAAUUCCUAUGGUACCUACUAGGGUAUACUUUUAUAUUGUUAUGGUGAAAGUGUAAAACACUUGAUAAUCCUUUUCAAAAAUUUCUUUUAUAAGGAGCAAGGAAAACUAUAUAUCUUUGGUCAACCUCAUCCUGAGUAUGUCCUAUAUAGAUUUGAGCUCUCCUCCAGUUUCCUCUGGAAAAAUUAGGAGGAAAAUUAUCUGCACAUCAGAUUGAAAAUAAUACUGGGGGGUAGUUCAUGGCUGCAAACAUUUCCCCAUAUCACUUGGUGAGGCUGUUUUACCAUGUGGUCUAUGUUCUAAAUCUGGAGAGAAGACUUGGCUUUGUUCUUCCAGUAUGUGCAUUGCCUCUGAUUAGAAGAAGAUAAACUUUUCUCAUACUUGGUUAAUGGCUCUUCUAUAGAAUCAAAUCUCUAAUGAAUCUUCUUUGGUAGUAAACACUGGAAAAGAGACACAUCCAAAACUCAUAUAUUGCCUUGUUCUGUAUACCUGAGUCCAACAAAUCUGACAGAAUAGCAAAUCCCAUUGUUUGCAAGGCUUUGGACUGCAAUUUUCUAAGUAGACUCUGAGCGCCGCUGUUGGCCAAUGCGCUGCAAGAGCAGGAGUCCACGAUCUACCUAAGUAAUUUUCUGCGCAGUCACGGAAGCAAGUCUGAAAGGAGAUGAAGCCCACACAUAGACUCUCUGCUCAGCAAAUGAUUUUGGAAUACAGAUUGGGAUGCCUUGAAAUUGAGGACAUUGAGUUUUCUACGUAUUGGCAGUAAAUAUUUUAAACACAAUUCGUAAAGCAUCUUCUCUUAACAUCAGAGGCUGUGGCAGCGCAGAAAAGGAUGGGAACUAGGGCGAAGCAGAGGAGAUACACCUGGCAGCGGCAAGUACUCUUUCCCUUCCUGCUGCCUUUGUUCUGUGGGGGGCUCUCUGAGCAGAUCCGCUACUCUAUUCCGGAAGAAAUGGCCAGGGGCUCAGUGGUAGGGAACCUUGCUGAAGACCUGGGACUGCAUGUACAGGAUUUAUUGACCCGCAACUUCAGAGUUAGUGCAGAGAAACAAUACUUUACCGUGAACACAGAGAAUGGCAACAUACUUGUGAGUGACAGAAUAGAUAGGGAGUUGCUCUGUCCCCCAAACCCUCUGUGUGUCCUGCCCUUAGAGAUUGUGGCAGAUAAUCCUCUAAAUGUUUUUCACAUAUCUGUGAGGAUAGAAGAUAUAAAUGACAAUCCACCUUAUUUCCCCCAAAAUAGCAUUGUUUUAAAAAUCAAUGAACUUGCAAUUCUUGGAACUCGAUUUGGUUUGGAAUCUGCUAUAGAUGCAGAUGUAGGACCUAACUCUCUCCAGAAUUACCAACUCAGCUAUAAUGAGUAUUUCUCUCUGAUGGUGAAGGAUAAGACCGAAGGCAAGAAUGCCCCAGAAUUAAUAUUGGAGAAGCCGCUGGACCGGGAACAUCAGAGCUCCCAUCUUCUGGUCCUGACCGCAGUGGAUGGAGGUGACCCAGUCCGAAGUGGCACCGUUCAAAUCAAGAUUGAGGUCACCGAUGCCAAUGAUAACCCCCCAGUGUUCAGUCAGGAUGUGUACAAAGUUAACCUUCCAGAGAACUUGCCCUCAGGCACCUCUGUGCUAAAGGUGACAGCCAUCGACCAGGAUGAGGGCAUAAAUGCAGAGAUCACCUACUCCUUCAAAACAGUAAGAGAUAUUGGAAAUAUGUUUAUGCUUGACCAUCAAAGUGGGGAAAUUAAAUCCAAAGGUCCUAUAGACUUUGAAAACAGUAGUAGUUAUACCAUGAGUAUAGAAGCCAAGGAUGGUGGAGGCAUGGCCACUGAAUGUAAAAUUAUAAUAGAAAUUUUAGAUGAGAAUGACAAUGCCCCAGAGGUCAUUUUCACUUCGGUGUCAAGUUCCAUAACUGAGGACACAGAACAGGGGAUGGUGAUUGCUCUGUUCAAAACACAUGACAAAGAUUCGGGAGAAAAUGGAGAGGUCACAUGCCUCAUAAAAGAAAAAGUUCCUUUUAGAAUAGAAUCUUCUGCCAAUAAUUACUACAAACUUGUAACAGAUGGGGCCCUGGACCGGGAGAAGACCCCUGUGUACAACGUCACCAUCACAGCUACUGACAGGGGAAAGCCGCCUCUUUCCUCUAGCUCAAGCAUCACUGUGCACAUCGCAGAUGUCAACGACAAUGCGCCCAUUUUCGAACAGCCGUUCUAUAUGGUGCACAUUGCCGAGAACAACCCUCCAGGAGCCUCCAUCGCCCAAGUCAGCGCCUCCGACCCCGACCUGGGACCCAACGGCCACGUCUCCUACUCCAUCGUGGCCAGCGACCUGGAGCCGCGGGCGCUGGCGUCCUACGUGUCCGUGAGCGCGCAGAGCGGCGUGGUGUUCGCGCAGCGCGCCUUCGACCACGAGCAGCUGCGCGCCUUCGAGCUGACGGUGCAGGCCCGCGACCAGGGCUCUCCCGCGCUCAGCGCCAACGUGAGCCUGCGCGUGUUGGUGGGCGACCGCAACGACAACGCGCCUAGGGUGCUGUACCCGGCGCUGGGGCCCGACGGCUCGGCGCUCUUCGACACGGUGCCGCGCGCCGCGCAGCCCGGCUACCUGGUCACCAAGGUGGUGGCGGUGGACGCCGACUCGGGACACAAUGCGUGGCUGUCGUACCAUGUGCUGCAGGCCAGCGAGCCCGGACUCUUCAGCCUGGGGCUGCGCACGGGCGAGGUGCGCACUGCGCGUGCUUUGGGCGACAGGGACGCGGCCCGCCAGCGCCUGCUGGUCGCCGUGCGAGACGGGGGGCAGCCGCCCCUCUCUGCCACCGCCACGCUGCACCUGGUUUUCGCCGACAGCCUCCAAGAAGUACUGCCGGAUGUCAGCGACCGUCCGGAGCCCUCUGACCCCCAGGCCGAGCUGCAGUUUUACCUGGUGGUGGCUUUGGCCUUGAUCUCGGUGCUCUUCCUCCUUGCGGUGAUUCUGGCGGUGGCCCUGCGCCUGCGAUGCUCCAUCACCCAAACUGCCUGGAACUGCAUUCAACCUGGUUUCUGUCAUAAGAUUGGACCAGGAGUUUCUCCCACCUAUAAUCCUGAAACUUCGCCUUAUUCCUACAAUACGUACAUUGCCUCCGAUUCUCAGAAAACACGGCUUAAUUUUCUAACUAUGACGUCAGAAAUGGGUCCCCGAGGAGAUCUCUCUAAUGAAGCUUCUUUGGUAAUAAGUGUCACUGAGGAGAAUAACAAAUUAAGCUCUAACGCUGCUGCUGCUUCUGCCCAUCAAGCCCCGCCCAACACGGACUGGCGAUUCUCUCAGGCCCAGAGACCUGGCACCAGCGGCUCCCAAAAUGGCGAUGAAACCGGCACUUGGCCCAACAACCAGUUUGACACAGAGAUGCUUCAAGCCAUGAUCUUGGCCUCUGCCAGUGAAGCUGCUGAUGGGGGCUCCACCCUGGGCGGGGGCGCUGGCACCAUGGGCCUGAGUGCCCGCUACGGGCCCCAGUUUACCCUGCAGCACGUGCCGGACUACCGCCAGAACGUCUACAUCCCCGGCAGUAACGCCACACUGACCAACGCGGCUGGCAAGCGAGAUGGCAAGGCCCCCACCGGUGGCAAUGGCAACAAGAAGAAGUCAGGCAAAAAAGAGAAGAAGUAACGUGGAGGCCAGGCCAAGAGCCACGGGGCAACUUCCCUCCCCAACCAGCCCAGCCUCUCCGUAUCUGUACCCAGGCCUCAUAUUUUCAGGGCUCACCCCCAGAUACUGGUAGGGGUCCAGGCCAUGCUCCCUUUGAGAAACAGAAACAAGUGCCCAGUCAACACCCCCCUCUCUGCCCCCAAGGGAUUGAAUAUGCAAAAGGGAGUUCUGCUGGGAACCCCCAUCCAGUCAAUUGCUGUGCCCAUGGGGGUAGUGGGGUUAGUGUAGACACCAUUUAUCACACCCCCUUUAGUUACAGCUGAACUUUGCCAUCUUCCAAAUUCAAUCAGGCCCAUCCACAAUUCCCUGCCUCGCUCCUGUCACCCCACCCCCUCAGCAGCUCCUCUUUCUUGAAUAAGGUGGUGGGGGUGUUGAGGUACCUGGUGACCUAAAAAGGCUCGUAGUUCUGAAGAGUUGGAUGGGCGUCAUAACCUCUUGGCCUCUCCAGUUCUCAGACUGCCCCCAAAGCAUGGUUUGGUGCCCGUCCCUUCAUCUCCUUCCAGAGCCCAAGACCAAGCUCAAGUUUUGGCAGACAUGGUCACCAUUGCCAUGGUACUGACGCUUGCUGGAUUUAGGGAGGGCACUUUGCUACCGUGCCUCUUCCCAGCGCCCUUGGGACCAGUCUUUUGUUCUGUUUUUCAUUGUUUGAUGUUCCCGCUGCAUGCCGUGACUUCCCCCUCUCCAAACAAGAGACUUCAUUGCAUGUUCCAAGACAGUAUGGGGUGGUAAGAUAAAGAAGGGAAGGGUGUGGAUAUAGGGGAUGGACAAAGCUUGACUUGCCAGUUAUCAGGAUCUUGCAGAAGGCUCUGUGUCCCCAGGGUACUGGCCAGAUCCCCAAUUCCAGCCAUAAACCAAGUACCAGGCUGGACUCUCGUUUACCACAUUCAAGGCUUGCUCACUCACCUCAGGCAGUGAGCUUUGGGCUGAGCUAUUAUUAGCACCAAUGGAUUUAAACUGGCAUUAUAGUCAAAGGAAGGUCUGAGGACGUUUGGGACCAGGUCCCCUGGAGAGGUCAGAGGGCCCUCUGUGGGUGCUGGGUACUCCAGAGGUGCCACAGGUAGAAGCAUCAGUGUGGCCCUAGCAGUGAGGCAGGGCCAGCUAGGCGGUUCUUGGUCCCUGGGUUGGGGAGGCAUGGAGCUACAGCAGGGACCAGGUGGACAGAAAGUCUCAGCCUCGGAUCUGGGCUUCUCCACAGGGCCCCUGCACUCCUCCAGCCUCUGUUCCUUCAUCUUGCCAGGUGCCAUUUCUUCUCCGUGAAGGCCAAUGCCCAGCCCCUCCCCCCCCACCCCCCCCCCCCCCCCCGCCCCCCCAGUCUGCUCCCUAGUGGCCAGAGCCUGGUUAAAGUCCCCCAGUGCCUCCUUGUGCAUAGACCUUUCUCUGCCCAUCCCCUUCUGCCCACCCCCUCCCCCAGGCCCGUACCUCCAGUGGGGCUGCGCAAGAACCACACCCCAACCCUUAAAGUAGUGUAGAGCCCCCUCCCUCUUUCGGCUGGUGUAGAAUAGCCAAUAGUGUAGUGCGGUGUGCUUUUCCGUGAUGGCGGGUGGGCGGAGGGCUCCGCGCAGCCAUCUGUCGUUGAAUCCGCCUGCGGCGGCCCGUGCUGUGUUUUGUGCUGUGUCCAUGCGCUGCGGCGAUCCCGUCCCCUGUACUGACUCCUAUAAGUGCUUCUCUUCGCAUAGUCAUGUAGCUCCCCACCCACUCCCCUUCCUGUGUCUCACGCAAGUUUUAUACUCUAAUAUUUAUAUGGCUUUUUUUCUUUGAAAAAAAAAAUUAAAAGGUUUCUUCUGAAAGGUU